AUGGCAGCCUCAAUCGCCCCCGAAUGCAACGAGAUCAAAGAGAAAUACGACACCUGCUUCCUGAAGUGGUACAGUGAGAAAUAUCUCCGCGGCAACACCACCUCCAACGACUGCGAGGAGCUCUUCACCAAGUACAAGACUUGCUUGAAUGUCGUCCUCAAAGAGAAGGGCAUCGAUUCCAUGCUCGAGGACGCCCGGAAGAGCACAACCAAGGACUUCGACGCCGAGACACUUCGACGAGGCUAA